GGCGGUGUUGUAGUUCAAAGAAUUUGUCUUCAUCAGGCUUGACGUUCUUCCACUCACUCUCUCAGUUCUGAUUGCCUAUCGCCGGUAUAUCUUAUGGCAUGGUGCAUUUCUUGAUGCAUUAUCUGUUUCUUUUAGGAGACUGCCACUGUAUAUAAGUAAUGGAGCUGAGUGCUGUAAGAGAUGCAUUUGAUCAUCUUGCUAAGAAGCAAAAACUUUCAUCCUGCAAAUCCCAAGAAGUAAUUGAUCAAGUUGGCCUUGAAAUUGAACAAGCGUUAACGAAAAUCCAGUCAGUUGAUAACUCCAGCAUGCCUGUUGAUCUGAAAUCCUCCCUGACACAGCUAAAACUCAAGUUCAAUUCAAUUGGUCCACAGCAGCAGUUAGAAGGGUCACAGAAGGAAUUAAGCGUAAAUCUUAACAAGUACUUGAAACUCCUGGAAAAGUUGUUUAAUUCUGACAUGUCCAAGGCAUAUAUAAAUGUUGACUUUGAGUGCCACAUAGUGAAUCAGAUAAUUGCAAAUCAUUUUUACCGGAAGGGUUUGUUUGAUCUUGGAGAUUGCCUGAUAAAUGAGGCUGGAGAACCACAGGUAUCUGAACUAAGAUCUCAUUUCAUGGAGAUGUAUAAGAUACUUGAGGCUUUGAGAAUUAAGAACCUUGAACCAGCUCUGAAGUGGGUUGCUGCCAACCGUGAAAAACUCAAACAAAAUGCUACUAAUCUGGAGCUGAAACUUCACCGGCUACAAUUUUUUGAGAUUUUGCAAAAACGAGGACAAGAUGAUGCACUUAAAUAUGCCAAAAUGUACAUUGCUCCUUUUGCUAUGUUUCAUUUCGACGAAGUCCAGAAGCUUAUGGGUUCUCUCUUGUGGGUGAGAAGACUUGAAAAAUCCCCUUAUGCUGAGUUGUUGAAUCCAGCCCAUUGGGACAAACUAACCGAGGAGCUAACUCAGCUUUUCUGCAGUCUUUUGGGACAACCUUACGAGAGUCCACUAACCAUUGCCAUAGCAGCUGGUUUUGAAGGAUUGCCCACACUCUUGAAGCUGGCAAAUGUAAUGGCCGCAAAGAAGCAGCAGUGGCAGGCAAUGAAGCAGUUGCCAGUGCCUGUGGAAUUGGGGAAGGAAUUUCAGUUCCACUCAAUAUUUGUUUGUCCUGUAAGUAGAGAACAAAGCAGUGAAGAGAAUCCACCGAUGUUGCUGCCAUGUCUGCACGUGCUCUGCAAACAAUCAAUCAUGAAGAUGUCAAAAUCUAGCGCGCGCAUAUUCAAAUGCCCUUAUUGUCCAUCUGAGGCUUCAGUGGCACAGUGCAUGCAGCUAUAUUUUUGACCCUGUUGGAAUGACUAAGCAAACAAACACCUUGUGUCUGGUGAAGAAACAAGUUGGAGAGUGUCUUUAGCUUCCUCAUAGAGAUUUUAACUUGUGUUGUUUUUUAAUUUGACCUAAAGGCCGCAAACGAGCCAAGCCACUAGCGAGCUACUUGCAGCUCAAUUCAAUUAUUUUCGUGUUGAGUUCUAUGGGUUUGAAUUUGGCUCUCAAAGGAAGCUUUGGCUUCUUGUUAUUGCGUGGCUUGGUGAGCUUGUGGCUUGAUUAGAAUAUUGUCAAGCGGAGCUCAAGUUCAGCUUUUGAAGUGAGCUUGAGCUCACUGAUGUGUGGCUCUUUGUAUUGUUAUUCUAAAAUCUUAUUUUUUGACUUUGAAUAUAGAGGUAAUUGAUAAACGUAUAAGUUACGAGAUUAAAUAGUAUUUUCGAAUCAAGUUCAAGGUAGCCAUUCUUAUUUCAAGUUGGAGUUUGAGUCUGCAACUCCUGAGUUGAGAACAUCAAGCUCGAGCUUUGUAUAAACUUAAUCUAGUUGGGCUCAACUUAGUUCGACUUGGAUGUAGCCUUAAUUUGAACCAGUUGAGAUCAAUGAUUGAAACCAAAUAGUUCAAUGUAUCAUCAUGCAUGAUAUAUA